AACAGCUAGAGAGACUCGAAAGUACAUAAAACAAGUAUGGCGGCAGUUUCCACAUGUUACAUCAGCAGCGGUUGUAACAGAAGUCCUCACAGUGCCGAUUGGGGCCCUAAUGGUUUAAUUUGUUAUUCAACGUGCCACGCUAUCGCCAUCUACCAACCACAGGAACACAGUUCAGAUGUAGCCAGAGUGUUAUGUACUUUGACCGGCCACAAAAACAAGGUUAACUGUGUGGCGUGGGUGAGGAAGUCCCACCCAACAGACGGAGAUGAGUGCAUUGUAUCUGGUUCAGUAGACACUACAGCAAUUGUGUGGCAGAAAGAGCAGGGUCAGUAUAAAGCCAUUGGCACAUUGAAAGGACAUACUGGCCCAAUCAAUUCUGUGGCUGGCCUGACAGUUCCUGCUGAUGGUGGUCUGUCCUCCACCUUUGUAGUAACAACAUCUGCAGAUUCACAAGUAAAGGUGUGGAGGAGAACCGGCAAGGCUGAUUACAGCCUGUUACAGACACUGUCAUAUGGUACUGGGUUUGCCCUGGAUGUAGCAUUAACUGUCAUCCCCAAAACAAACAUACCAGUGUUAGCUUGUGGCUGUGAUGACCAGAAAGUUCACCUUUACGUGCUACAAGAUGACCAGUUUACAAAGGUCAUCAGUCUCCAUGGCCAUGAGGACUGGAUAAGGGCUGUGGACUUCACAACAGACGACAAUGGAGAUUUACUGCUGGCCAGUGCAGCCCAAGACCACUUCAUCAGAAUUUGGAGAAUUGCACAAAGAGAAGCUGGCGAUGAUGUUGUGAGAAUGGUGAAGGAACUAUCAAUAGACGAAGAAAUAAAAAUGAGAGAGAACACAUUCAGUUUUAAGGGCACAUCUGGCCCCAUGACCUUUGCCCUUAGUUUGGAUUCCAUCCUGAGUGGCCAUGAUAAUUGGAUAUACAGUGUCCGCUGGCAGCCCCCGGAGGUAACAGAUUCCGGUUACCACCAGCCGAUGCGCCUGCUCUCAGCUUCUAUGGACAAAACUAUGAUUUUGUGGAAACCAGACCUUGACACUGGCGUGUGGGUGGAGGAGGUACGGGUUGGAGAAGUUGGCGGUAACACGCUUGGUUUCUAUGGCGGCAUGUUCAGUCCUCGUGGAAACGCAAUCAUCGCUCAUGGUUACCAGGGUGCUUUUCAUCACUGGUCCUAUGACAAGGUCCGAGAGUCCUGGCAGCCACUUGUCACCACAAGUGGUCACUUUGGUGCUGUCCAGGACUUGUCCUGGGACCCAAGCGAUGGUCAGUAUGUGGUCAGUGUGAGUCUUGACCAAACAACCAGACUUCAUGCUCCAUGGGUCAAAAGUGGACAACAGACGUCCUGGUUUGAAAUAGCACGACCUCAGGUGCAUGGAUAUGACCUUCAGUGUGUGGCAGUGGUCCACAAGUACAGCAUGGCUACAGGUGCCGAUGAGAAAGUAGUCCGAGCAUUUGAAGCACCAAGAAAUUUUAUACAGAACUUUUGUAGUAUUUGUGGUACAGACUUAAACAAAGAACAACAGAAAGAGGAGGCCAAGAACCGUCCAGAAGGAGCGAGCGUGCCCGCACUCGGUCUAUCAAACAAAGCUGUGUUCACGGAGCAGAAGGAAACACCUGUUCCUAAGGAAGAAGAAAUACAGGCUCACCCUAACGACCAGUAUCCCGAAGUUUACUUCCAGGCUGUUAAUAUGACAAAACCUCCGACAGAGGAACAUCUCCUACAGAACACAUUGUGGCCGGAGACACAGAAACUGUACGGACAUGGUUAUGAGAUCUUCUCUUUGGCGUGUGACCCGCAGGGCACUGUACUGGCAUCGGCGUGUAAGGCGGCUAAGACCGAGUUUGCUGGUGUUAUAUUAUAUGACUGUAAGACAUGGACACAGCAAGGCACCUUAGAAGGUCACUCACUGACCGUCACUCAGAUAGCAUUUUCUCACAGUGGUCAAUACUUACUGACAGUGUCCCGGGACCGGACUUGGGUUCUGUACAAAAGGCGAGACAAGGACGCGGCUGAAUCAGAGCCACUGUUCUCCAAGAUGGCGGCCACAGACAAGAAAUCCGCUGUACACUCCAGGAUUAUCUGGUCCUGUGCCUGGUCACAUGACGACAAGUACUUCAUCACCGCAGCCAGAGAUAAAAAGGUACUAGUCUGGAGACGACCAGACCUUUCUUCACCAGGGGGAGCCACUGUAGAAAAGCCAGUCGGAACGAUCGAUGUGGGAGACUCCGCUACAGCUGUGGAUGUGGCACCAGUUCAAUUGUCAAAUAACAGGUACAUUGUGGCCGUAGGAUUGGAGAAUGGUUCCAUACAGCUAUAUACUUGGAACAUGACCGACAGUAGUACCUCUGUUUGGAAGGCUAUUGAUCAACUAAAUUUCCAUCAUUUGACCAUAAAAAGGCUGAGGUUUCGUCCGUGUUUGGGUCGAGCAGGUAGUGACCAAACUGAUGAAGCAUGGCUUCAACUGGCCAGCUGUGGGGCAGAUCAUGGAGUCCGUAUCUACGAUAUCGACCUCACAAAAGUUUGACGGUAUUUACGUCUAAAACAUGGAUUAUAAUCAUUUAGACAUCCCAAACAAGUCCGGAGCAGUAUUGUAGAACUCUACCCCCAACAAAAACGACAUCUACAAUGUGGAAAUCAAAGGAUCCUAGUUCCAUCUAUGAUACAGACCUAACAAAAUUCUGCUCGGAUAUGUAACUUUUGACUGUUGAUCAUAUGCGACAGCUUUAACCUAGCAAUGUCCAGGUCGAGAUUUUGUGUCACCUAUAAAGACAAUACAUGGCACCGUUUGUAUUGUUCAAAAUAGAUGUGCAAUAACUUAAACUUGUUGACAUCAAACCGAGAAUUAAUCAUUAUUCCUUAACUGGAAAGUGCAUCAGUUUCUUAAUAUUUAAUCUGUCAGCUAUUGGUAAUACAGGCAAGACUGGGGCGACAUAUCCACUUUUGUUGAGUUCCUGUUAUUACAAAAUGAACAUCUCAAAUAAAUCUGUGAUAAAUAUAA